AUGUUGCUGGCCAACGCAGCGUCCGCAACGCCGUUCGGUGUCCGGGACAUACUUAGCGCGGAGCAACAAAUUGAAAUGGAUUGCUAUCACCACCACCAGCACGAGCACCAGCAUCAUCAUCAUCAAACGACCUUACCGAUGCUCCCGUCCACAAACGAGCAAAUCCCCCACGCGGACUACUACGGGUACGGCAUGAUUCCGGAAAACAGCUGGGACCUCCAGGACAAGCUCAAGGAGCAGAGUGGCGCCGGGGUCGGUUGCUACCAGGGCUACGGGCCGAUGAGCCACGUCCAGCAGCUCAGCCAGGUCGCGCCGCCCUACCAGGAAAACAACCCCUCGGCCGUCGUCGAGGACGGAAACUUGGUGACUUCGAGUAAAACGGAGCUCAGGAAGAACCAGUCCGGCAAGCGGGUGAAGCGAAAGCCCAGGGUGCUCUUUUCGCAGACCCAAGUGUACGAGCUCGAGCAGAGGUUCAAGCAGCAGAGGUACCUGAGCGCGCCGGAGCGCGAGAUGCUGGCCCAGUCGCUGAAGCUGACCAGCACCCAGGUGAAGAUCUGGUUCCAGAACCGGCGCUACAAGAACAAGCGGGCCCGCCUCGAGGAGUCGGAGAAGCUCCAGCCGCCGAAGAAGGUCCCGGUGCCCGUCCUCAUCCGGGACGGCAAGCCGAACGUCCAGGAGGUCCCGAGCCCGGCCUACUGGCCCUUCCGGCCCGAGUGCGCCAGCAACGCGUCCUCGGAGUACCACAUGGCCACCCCCGAGUUCGCGGGCCACCCCGAAGUGGCCGGUAGGUCGAGCCACGGGGCAGUGCCGGCCGUGGAGUACCGCGCGAAUUUCGUCCCCAACACCGGCGAGGACAGGGCACCGAAGAUCGAGUACAAGGGCCACCAACACUGCGCCGGUGAGCUCGCGCCCUUCCCCGACCCGAAGGGCCUCGAGCCCAGCGUGGACUUUAACUUUGGGAAUUACGCCAACGCCAACUCGUACCAGGUGCCCUACUACAACUUCACCGAUACCGAUCAGAACUUUCAGAGGCUGUGGUGA